GCCACGGUUCUGCAUGCUCUUAGUGACCGAUGCCACGAUCUCAUAGAUCGACUCCAGGUGCGCCUUGCCGUCCAACUUCCCGACUUGCUUCGAGAUCCUCUCAGCGAAGUGGAUGCGACCACGCUUGCUUCCAUCCUAGCAGCUUUGCCCGAAACUCCGGGCUGUGCGGAGCGGCCUGAUGCGCAGGAUCUGGCGGAUGUCUGCAGCUAUGCCUGGGGAUCGCGAAACCUUACCUGCUGCCGUUACGCACUAGUCAGGGCUAGCCUCUAUGCCCUCCGACUUCCGACGACGAGGCUUCAAGAUCGCUACCUGGAUAGUCUUCUGGACCUGCUGCGCAUGCAAGCAUCUUCGCGCUUCCAGAACUCUGGUCUUUUCCGCAAGGCGAUGGGCCGGUGA